UAUUAGCACUUCUCCAUCUGAAAUGUAAGCUCAGCUAAGUUUCAGUACCAGUCAGAAUAAAUUCGCUACCAGUCGUUCCCACCAGCUGACUGAAGAGGUGAAGCCAUGGCACCAACACUGUUUGACAAAGAGCCAAAGCCAGGGGACCUUAUCGAGAUCUCUCGGGGGGCAUAUACACACUGGGCUGUCUACAUUGGAGGAAAUGAAGUUGUUCAUUUACUGCCUCCAACACAUCCAGGUGGUGAGUUGGGAUCCUUCGGUGAGCUGCUGACGUUACUAGACAGCGGUAAGGCGCAGGUGAGGCGUCAGAAGAUCUGGGAAGUUGUCGGCUCCAGCAAAUUUGAGGUCAAUAAUCUUCUGGAUGAUGAGUACAGUCCUCGUGAGCCUCACGUCAUUGUGAGGGAUGCCUGCAGGAUGGUCGGUCGAGAGCUGCCUUACUGUAUCACUACUCAGAAUUGUGAACACUUUGUCACAGAGCUACGUUAUGGAAAGCCAGAGUCCCGCCAGGUUCAAACAGCAGCUGUGAUUGGAGGUGUCGCUGUGGCAGGUGUAGCCGCUGCAAUUUUGGGUGCGGCGCUGUUUUCCUCCUUCAACAAAGACGAAAACAAAAGAAGAAGAAAUUAUAAGUGAUUGCAGUGAUUGAUAUCAUUGAUAUCAGUGAAAAGGAAGGAGCUAGUUUGUUGGUGUAACAAGGUCAGCAGAAACAAUAAGACAACUUCAAAUAGGUUGACGAGAGUUGAGUUGUAAAAAAAAAAGUAAGUGUAGAUAUGCCUCGACUUAUCGUGUUUUUACUGUGUUCUGUUGACAAGAAGUAAAUGAUAAUGCAGUAAAAGCUGUGAUGGAAGUUUUCAGUUUACAGCCACAAUAUUAAAACCGCUGCUAGGUGAAGUGAAUAAUAAAGUUAUCAUCAUUAAAGUGAUCAGUGUUGCUGCUGAAACUUUGGGCCCUCACUUUGACAUGUGCACCCAGCUCUUCUGGAGUCUAUACUUCAAGAGGUCAGAGGUGUUUUGGCCUUGUAAGAACCUUAAAAAAAGAUUUUUUUAAUAUUCGUAGUGAUUGAUGUAUGUAUCUAGAUUUUGCCAAAAAAGAAAAAAAGCAUGGAUGAUUAAAUGUAGACACAAAUAGUUAUGACGUUACAGUAGCAAUCAUGAGAGAGCAUAAUAUUGAAAAGGCAAACAGAAGCAGGAAACCACUGAGCAAUCCUUUUCUGAAGGCUUAAUUAUGAGCUUAAAGGGUGUUUAUCCCCCAGUGGCUGUGCAAACAGUGUGCUGCAACACAAGCUUUCACUGUUCAUAUUUUGACCCUUUUACAGAUGAGGCAGGUGGACCAAAUGAUGAGUCACACCAGACCAUGUGAUCACUGCUGGUUAUGGGUUUUUUUACAAUCAGCAUGAGGAAUUCUAGGAUUGAAUAUAUUUGUGGAAUUGUGGGUAUUUUAGCACAUUGCAGAUGGUUUUAGAAAGCUUGAAUUUUGACUUUUCCUCAAGGUAAACAUUGAAAUCGAUGUACUGCCUAAAUACUAAAUAAAGAUUUGGAAAUUUGAAA